AUGGUGCUUCAUCGGCCUCUUGUCGACCCGCUAGUGAACGAUCUUGACCCGCACUCACGAUACUACAUGCAUCACUUCGCGACCCAGCUAUGCGAUGUCAUGGUCGUGUAUGAUAUGCCAGGACAAAAUCCUAUACGCGAUCUGAUUCCUGCGACGUCUGCGCAUCCUCUGCUACUUCAUGUCAUGGUGGCAAAUUCUGCCUUUCACAUCUUCAACAUCUCGCAAAACCCCAUGGGCCAUUCAACUUACCAGGCCGAUAAUGCUGCCAUCGAUGUAUCACCCUGUCAGGUUGUGCCCUUCAAGGGUGGACCGCUCAAGUCGGCAUACAAAGAUGCAUUGAUAGCGAAGCAGCAAGCGCUAUCACUGUUGGCACAGAAUAUUGCAACUGUCGACCCGUCAAAUAUUGAUAUGAUACUGAUCACGAUUCUUAUGUUUGUCAACUAUGCGCUUGUUGAAUCAGGCCGCGAUAAAUGGAGGGUUCACAUGGAGGGUGCGUGGCAGCUGAUAAGGCUUCUUGGUGAACCACCGUACCUGCAGAAGCCCAUGAGCAGACUUCGCUUGACCAUAUUGUCGGACUUCCUCGUCUUCUACAUCCUCGGAUCCACAUUCAGUUUCAGCGCCAUGCCGUCAUUCAUCCCCGACACAAUCGAGCUUGCUCCAAUUCUGCGGUAUGCCGAGACCAACAAUUACCUCUCAUGCCCAGCUCCGCUGCUUCGCAUCAUGUUGGAGUCUUUCGCGCUGCCGAACAAGACAGUGUCUUGCACCGACGAAGUGUACGACAACAUCCAGGAGCAGAUCGGUAAACUGUUGCAUCGCGCAUUGGACUUCGACCCAGUUGCAUGGUCCAAGGACUUCGAGCCAGCGACGCCCUUUGAAGACAUCAAUCAACGUAUACGCAUCGCUGCUGCCCAUCGCUCUGCAGUCUGCAUAUACCUGGCCCGUGUGUUACCAUCAGGGAACCCACUCAUCGACCCAGCGAGCGGCGUUGCCAUUGUAAAUCUGGUCGAGCUCGCCAACGACGUGGUACUUCAGAUUUCGCAUCUUAAGCCCGGCGAUGCGCUCUUCAAGUCGAUUUGCUGGCCACUGUUCUUGGCUGGCGCCGAAUCAAGGGACCCAGCACAGCGCGAAUGGAUCAUGAACACCCUAGACGCUCUCUACGGUACCAUGUACUGGGGCUACCUACAUACUUCCAAGAGAGUCCUGGAGAGGAUAUGGAAAUACCUCGACCAAGCCGCUGACGGCGAGGAGAAUUGCUGGGUCGAAGAAGUAAAAGACUUUGGCAACGAGAUCCUCAUAGCUUGA